UCGUCUUUUCUUCUAUUUAGAAUUUUGACAAAAUAUUAAUUUUUUCUUAUUUUUCUUUUCGAUUUUUUACGUUUCAUCAUCGAGAAAAACUUCUGACAAAGGUAAUCCCCGAAUUAAUAAACGUAGGCUUUUGCGUUUUUUGGAUUUUUGAUCGGCAUGCUGACAGUUCAUUUCGUGGCUGGAGAAAUAAUGGCUGUGCUAGGAUGCAUUGGAUUUGCCUGUAGUAUUUCAAAAGCCAUGCUGGGAAUCACGUUUCUUGCCUGGGGUAAUAGCAUCGGGGAUUUGAUAUCCAAUACGACGAUAGCUCGGCAAGGUUUCUCAAAGAUUGGUUAUGCGGCCUGUUUUGCCAGUCCUAUAUUUAAUACUUUAUUGGGACUGGGAUUGACUUAUGGUAUAGCAGCCGCAUCUUCUUCGGAUUUAAAAACGAAAAUUCGUGUGAGCAACAUGGCACCGGGAUGUCUAACUUUUCUAUUCUGUUCGUUAUUGACUACCAUCAUUUACAUGAACAUCACAGCAGCGACGGCACGGCGUUCCUAUGGAUAUCUUCUUUAUUCGUUGUAUUUGGCUUUCAUUCUCAUUCAGUUUCUCAGCGAGUUCCACGUUAUUCAUCCCCUUGGAACGGAUCAUCGUGCGGACGAGCCGGACGGCCGAUGAAUAAUCGAACGUUAUCUCUAGAGCGUUCUCUCUGAAGCGUAAUGCUAUCCUACGAAAUGUUAUAUGGAAAUGGUGAUGCGUUUUUUUUUUUACGUAUUCUUUACGUUAAUGGUAUACCUAUAGAUCGAUGUCGAUGGAAUUACCAUGAUGAUAGAAAUGUGAGAGAAUAUUUGUAUUUGUCCGAAUGUACUUACUGUUAUCGAACGAGAGAAUAAAUUG